AAGGUGGAGAGGCUGGAGGUAAAGAGUGAGGCGGGAGGAGAGGAGCGGGUUACAGGAAACCACAGGUAUGUGGAGGACGGUGGUCACUCUGACCGCAUAGUAACAAAGGAUCAACGCUUCAUGCCUCCAUUUCCAUCGGGUGAGAACAGCAGCAGUCAGAGACAUCCCCACUUCAGCUUCCUGUGCAGUUUGGAUGUGCAAAGGGUCCAGGCUGUGAGGGGAGCAGUGGGUCCCGGAGCUCCAAUGCCAGUGGACAUGCAGCCACACCAGGGGCUGUAUUACUAUGAGAUCUCACCCAGCCAGCCCUCCAGAGGCCUUGUCCCAUCAGACCAGUCACCCUACAGCGAUGUGUCUUCAAUGCGGGCUCCUCUCCUCGACGGUCCUCCCCAGGAUUGCCACGCCAUGUAUAAUCCCAUGACUCAUGGAUCAGGACCAGGGCAGGGAAAUGGCCACUGCUUAGAUCAAUAUAUGAGGCCCACACAGGCCGCUCCACCACAUAGUAUGAUGGGCCACAGGGGCAUGCCGCCCACAGAGGGUGGCAAUGGCACCCCCUACUGUAACCAGAACAUGAUGUCUUCGCAUCAUAACUUCUGCCAGGUUCAGCCUGGCUCUGAUCAGAUUGGAUGUGGGGAUGGCUCGAGGUUCUCCACGCCUCGCUCCAUGCUGAAGCUGAGUAAAAAGAGAGCUCUGUCCAUCUCACCUCUGUCCGAUGCUAGUGUAGACCUGCAGACAGUCAUCCGGACCUCUCCCAACUCCCUGGUGGCCUUUGUCAACUCUCGCUGCAACCCCAAUGGUGCCAGCUCCUACGGUCAUCUGUCUGUGAGCGCCAUGAGUCCAUCGUUGGGUUAUUCAAACAACAUAAACUGCCAGUCCAGACAACAAGGGUCCAUGUAUGGAGGGGGGACACCUCUAGUCGGCCACACACCAGGUCCAUGCCAAGCUUCCCGUUUACCUCCGCACAAUCCUCGACUCCACGCCCCACCCAAGCACGCUCACCUGAAAACAGAACCAGGGCUGGGAGGAGUAAUGGAGGGCAUGAAUGUCAAGAGCCUGGAGGAGAGAUCAGAGGGAGACGUAGCCAGUCCGUCUUCCACUGGCACUCAGGAUCCUCUGCUGGGACUUCUGGAUGGCAGAGAUGAUUUGGACAAGGAAGACGGGAAGCCUGAACCAGAAGCCAUCUAUGAGACCAACUGUCGCUGGGAGAGCUGUAACAAGGAAUUUGACACACAAGACCAGCUAGUUCAUCAUAUCAACAAUGAGCACAUCCACGGGGAGAAGAAGGAGUUUGUGUGUCACUGGCAGGAAUGCUCUCGAGAGCAGAGGCCCUUCAAAGCCCAGUACAUGCUGGUGGUUCACAUGCGCAGACACACAGGAGAGAAGCCACAUAAGUGCACUUUUGAAGGCUGUAAUAAGGCAUACUCCCGCCUGGAGAAUUUGAAGACCCACUUGCGAUCCCACACUGGGGAGAAGCCAUAUGUGUGUGAACAUGAAGGUUGUAACAAAGCCUUCUCUAAUGCUUCGGACCGAGCUAAGCACCAGAACCGAACUCAUUCCAAUGAGAAACCUUACGUUUGUAAGAUUCCUGGUUGCACUAAAAGAUACACAGAUCCAAGCUCCCUCCGUAAACACGUGAAGACUGUACACGGCCCCGAGGCUCAUAUCACCAAGAAACACCGUGGAGACACAGGUCCCCGACCCCCAGGCUCAGCCAUGACACCUGGGGGCCCAAACACGGAACUUCUUCUGGAGAAAGAGGAGACACGGAGAGAGGAUUGCAAAUUGUUGGCCCCUGAGUCUAACCUGAAGUCCCAGCCAAGUCCUGGUGGGCAGUCAUCCUGCAGUAGUGAACGAUCUCCACUGGGGAGCACCAACAACAAUGAUAGUGGUGUGGAAAUGAACCUAAAUGCAGCGGGCAGCUUGGAGGAUCUCACAGCUUUGGAAGAUGGAGUUGCAGGUGGUGGAGGAGGAGGAGGGGAGCCAGGAACGAUGGGGAUGUCGGCGCAAGCUCUAAAGAGGCUGGAGAACCUGAAGAUCGGCAAACUGAAGCAAAUUCGUAGGCCUACCCCUCCCAGCCGCUGUGCAAGUAACAAGCUUCCUGCCAUUCCUGGUUCAGGGGAGAACUUGGGAAUGUGUGUGCCUUCACCACUCCUCUCAAAUCGACGUGUUAUGGAGUUAUCCAACCAUGAGCAUGGAGGGGGAUCUGUUGUCUGCUCAACUAAUGACAGGAGAGGAAGUGGUACCAGCAGUCUAAGCUCUGCUUACACCGUGAGCCGUCGUUCCUCAAUGGUGUCACCUUACCUGUCCAGCCGGCGCUCUAGUGAUGUUUCACAAAUGGGAGGAACGGCAAGUGGAGGAUGUCACCUUUUAAGCCCAGAACAAGCUGGGGGAGACCCCCUAUCCCCUGAGACCAAUCGCAGAGGAGCUCCAUGUCCUGGAGCAGGAGGGUUACCAGGACUUCCUAAUUUAACACCUGCUCAGCAGUACAGCCUAAAGGCCAAAUAUGCUGCAGCCACUGGCGGGCCACCACCUACCCCUUUACCCAAUAUGGAGCAGCCAGGUACUCCUAAUAGAAGGGGAGGUGUCCUGAGUGAGUACCAGGGGCAGCCCCUGCCUCCUUUCUUUCAACAGUGCGGCCCUCGCAGGCACAGUGCAAACACAGAAUAUGGAACCGGUGUCAUGUACCCUCACCAGGCUCCAGGUAACAAUACCAGGCGAGCCAGUGACCCAGUUCGAUCAGUGGCAGACCCACAAGCUCUUCCCAAACGCUUCAAUAGCCUUAAUAAUGUUGCCAUGAUGGGCCGCAGGAAUGCACUGCAGCACCGUGGCUCAGACAGCAGCCUUGCCCGCCAUAUGUACUCCCCACGGCCACCGAGCAUAACAGAGAAUGUGAUGAUGGAAGCCAUGAGUAUGGAGCACCAUCUCACCCCUGUUGACUCUAGAGAUCGUGCUUUGAUGAUUAGAGAGAGAAACUUCAUGGGCUACCAGCAACAGAACCCGUCUCUUGGAGGUGGAGGCCCUAUUUCAAACCAACUGUCCCCAAGCCAUGACUCUCUGAGCUGCCCAGAGCCGGGUUACAUACCACAGCACUACCAGGGCCAGGGAGGAGAAAUCGUUUCAAGGGCUAGUGCCAAUCCAAUGGGCCAGGCAAGGCCUAAUCAGCCAGAGGGCAUGUCAAAUACACUUCUCCAACAGGCUGAGUACAGUAUGAGUACCUGUCAGCUCAGUCCUUCAGGCCCAAACUACCCUAGUAUAGGUCAGGCUGGUGACACAGCUGGCACUUGGAAUGAUACCCACAACCAAGUCCAAACCUCCAACCAUGCUCUUCAGACCCAGCAAGCAAUGCAGUAUUCAGAUCCAACUCUGCAAGCUCAACCGACACAGGCUAACUUCAACAAUCAGACAGCUCUAUACAACAGCUCUGAUGGAACUCACAAACUGACUAUCAAGCCUGAGCAGCAGUUCCACCCAGGGAUGGGUGGUGGAAAUGCCUGUCAAAGUGCUAAGCUUCAUCAACAACGGAUGCUCUUGCAGCAGACACAGGGUUACCCACAACAAACAGGCCAGAUAAUGAUGAGGAACUCCAACAAUCCCAGCUGUGACUUUCAAGGGCCGAACCAAAACUCUUUUCCCAGCGAAGGAGGAUUGAGCUUGGGCUGUGCUGGCUCUGCUCUGUCGGAAGGCCAGAGGUCAGAAACCCCAAUGAUGCAGGUUAAGGAGAUGAUGGUGAGGAAUUAUGUGCAGUCCCAGCAAGCACUCAUGUGGGAACAGCGACAAGAACAGCAACAAAGUGGAAUAAAACCACAUCCUCUUUCUGACAACAUGGAGAUGGGUGCUCAGGCAGCAAUGAUGCAACACAGUCCACAGCAUCAGAAUCAGAACCUUUACCCCAGCCAGACAUAUCCCUCCUACCCCAACCAGAAUCUGGUCAUGAGCCCUAACGCUCUCAACCGAGCGCCCAGCACAGUGACACCUAAAGACCAGCAACUGGCAGCUCUCCAAGGUUCAUGCUAUAAUCAGGAGAUGGUAGUCCCUCGGCCCCCUCAGGGACGGAAACCUCUCAGCCGCCAGAACAGCUUGUCACAGGUAGGAGGAGGCUACCUUAACAGCCCGCCCCACCUGAGCCCCGUCCACUCCACUUCCAGCCCUAGACGAGGGGUCAGACUUCCUCCAGUCCAGCAUCCACAGCACCCUCAAAAUGAAAUGUUUUCUCCAUCCAGCAACAACAACAACAUGUAUUACUCGGGUCAAAUAAAUAUGGAUAUGGAGAAACACAUGGAGCCCCAGAAUGGGCCGUGCCUUAACCAGCAGCACAGUAUGGGGCCUGGGCUGGAUUCAGCAGUUGGUACAAAGUCUACCCCCAUGGCUCCCUAUCCAGAGUCUGGCCCUAUUUCGAAUGCCUUGGAAAACCUGGACUUGGACAAUGCACGCAUAGACUUUACUUCCAUUAUCGAUGAUGCCGAUUCUUCCUCAUUUAGUCCAAUUAACAACCCGAUUCAGGGUCAACCAGGAUCAUCUUCUCAGGCUUCUUCCCGCCUAACUACCCCACAGACUUCUGUCAGCCUUGCCCCAGGAUCUGGCUCAUCGAACAUGGCUGUGGGUGACAUGACAUCCAUGCUUACCUCACUGGCCGGGGAGAAUAAGUACCUGAACACUCUGUCUUAGAGGACUCUUGGAAAACCUAACAACCGUUUAGGCAAACAAUUGGACUUGCAUUGGGAUUGAAAACUCGCAUUUUGCUGUUUCAAUACAUUUUCAUAUAUCCAUUGCAAGAAAUUUUAAUCAGGUUAUGACAGAAAAGCUUUGGAUUGAACUAUCCAUGGAAUCAAUCAAGAUAAUGUGUGGUUUUCUAACUUUAAAAACCUAUAAUCAUAUAACUUGCCUAUCAUCAGCUUGCCUGUAUCAACCUCCCAGGACCUUUAACUCCCAAGGGACCUUUUACUUGAUGUAGACUUUUGUGAAAGGGAUGACUGUAAUAUGUUUGGGUUGAAAAUCAAGUCUGAGAAACUAAAAUGGUCUCCUCACAGGUUUGAAAAAUGGAAAAACCUGAAAACCAAAGGUGCCUGCUCAGUCAUCCCACCUUUUUAUCCCCCGCUGCCUUGGUACUGCUUCUCCUUGUGCCUUUAUCUAAGACACAGAACUAUUGGCCUGUUGUGGGAUGAGAAUGUUGAACUUUUUCUGAACAAGCAUUCCAGUCACAAGGGGCUUUGGCAACAGUGGAACAAAGAAGGAUACAUGUAAAUAGGUUUGAUAUAUUUACAGAAUGUAGUGUACAUGACAAUGACGCAUUGGAUAGUUAUCCCAUCUUUUAAUAGUCUGCUUAAAUUCUGAAUCUCUGUUUUCAGGUGAUCGGAUGUCCGUGGAAUGGUUUGAAAAGAUGAAAAAGUGCUUUUAGUAGUAGAGAAAUUAUUUCGGUGAGCAAAUACAUAUUCUUCUGUAUUGUUCAUUGCUUCCUUUUCAGGAACAACACAAUCUGUACAAGCAGAAUGUCAGUAUUUCUUCAUAUGCACAAAUGCAGAGCAGUUAGAUAUUGUGUCCCUGCACAUGUGCCUACACACAGACACUCAGGACUUGUUUUGAAUCUUUGGCGUACACAUUACCUGUAUGUUAUAAUUGCCUUUCCAGACAGAGAGUUUGCACUCCACACGUUUACUGUAAGUCUUCCUGAAGCAGCUGUUUACUUAUUUUUUCAGUUGUGUUUAUACAGAAUGUGCCUGCCCCUUAUAAGGCACAUAAAAUGAGCAAAGCUCAAGUAUAUGUAUCACCAGUUGCCUUCAAAAAUAUGUAUAAUACAUUCAAACAUACUGCAAGUGCUCAACAUUAACCCAAACUAUGUUUCCUAAGUGACUGCUGUGGACGACGGUCAUUCAGGCUGUUGAAUGAAACCUAACUCAGCUGGUUUGUGUGUGCUAACAUGUAACUGUUACCUAUGUUGCUGAUAGUGAGGUACAUCUUUAGUCCAGUGCUGCUGCACCUUCAUUUGAAUCCCAAAGAGGAGAUAUAGAGAAAAUUUCUACAGAACUAAUUCACUAAACGGGAUCAAGAAGCAUGAAUUUGAUCAAUUGCUACCACUGUAGAAAAGCGCAUGUCAUAUAGGAAGAGAAAGGUACUUGUGCAACUAUUGAGCUGUGUCCCAGGAAGAAAGCUGCAGCUCUUUAUAGGAGAACUCAUUUUAUAAUGUGGCUUUGCACUGACUUCAGCACUGUGUGGGAAGGUCUCUGUCUCUUACGACAAUUUACACAAUCCUCAUUUUGGUGACAGUAAACAAGUUACACAGUAUUUUUAGUCAGUUUCUCAAGAAACCCUCUGAGCAUAAGGCAUUUUUCAUUAAUAUUUAGCAUAACAUACUAGCAUCACUUCAGAGUUUGCCAAGCAUUAGCACAAAUCAAUGUUUCCUAAUUUCUGAACAAGUGCACAACCUACCAAAGACAUCUUAAAACGACUGUGGAAAAGAUGCACGAAUAGAGUAUUAUAAAUCAACACUAACACUAGCAAUAAAUACAUCAACAUUGACUGUUAGUGCUAUUAUUUAGAAUGUAUGAGAAGUUUUGUACAAAAUCGUUUUAUAUUAAUGAACUUUAUGUUGCCCUCUUUGUGUGUGCCUGUUUUUUUUUUGUAACUGUCAUCCUUCACUCGACUUUUUUGCUGGCAAAAGAAUAUCACCCGUAGCAACAGAAAGCUAUAAUAGUAGCAAUAACUAUAAUAGAUUAAAGUGAAGUGUUAUAUUUUGUGUACAAUUUUCUACACUUUUAUACAUAUUGUGUUAUAUUUUACCAUUUUAUGAAUAAACCUGCAGUUUGAGAUGAAUGCA